GAGAGCACAUUGAUGCUACUUGCUGAAAGGCAUGUGGUCCUAAUUAUCCGCCUGCAAUUUAAUGGAUUCUUUUUGUCUAAAGUUCCUCAUCUAGAAAGUCCAUAAAGAGGCAACCCCCACCCCGACUACUUUAUCUUCUUUUUUUCUUCUCUCCCUUUAGAUCUCUCUUGUUGUUUUGCACUAUUUUAGCAUUAAAGGAAUUAAUACCCAGCCUGAGCAUGUACCUGAUGUUCUUCUUUAUCCUAUAUAAACUCCACAUUCUCCCUUCUGACAUCCACCUCUCUCUUUCUUUCAUUUUCUCCCUGUUUUCAUUGAAAAUAUGGCUCAAAUUUGUAGGCUGGAACUCCAAACGGAGAUAAAAUCUUCUCCAGACAGGAUAUUCGACAUUUACAAGAACAAGACCAGCCUCAUGCCUAAGAUCAGCCCUGACAAGCUAAAGAGCAUUGAAGUACUCGAGGGAGAUGGAAAGAGUGUGGGCUCUGUCAGGCUCUGGACCUAUGUCAUGGGUGGUGCCGUAAUUGCCAAGGAUAAGAUCGUUGCCAUAGACGAGGAAAAAGGGUCCAUGACGUUCGACCUCAUAGGUGGUGAGGUGACAAAUUAUUACAAGAGUUUCAAGGCCACCAUCGAGGCUACUUCAGAGGCAAAUACGAAUUUGGUGAAAUGGAGUCUGGAAUAUGAGAAAGCAAAUGAAACCGUCCCCUCCCCGGAGUCUCAUCUUGCCUUUCUACUCGAUGUUUCUAAGGAGGUGGAUGCAUACCUUCUCAAGAUAUAAAAAAGAAAUAAGGCUUAGAGUGCGUUUGAUAGUAAUUUCAAUUAAAGUUUUUAAU